AUGGCGUCCAGCGCAACAGCCGAGGCGUCCACAGACAACCGCCAGUCCCGCUUCGAGCAAGGCGUAGCCCUCUCCCUGAACCUCUGGCCGGCCCUCACCCUUGCCGUGCAGAACAACUGGGGCGGCCCAGACUCAGCCGACAAGCGCGACUGGUUCGCCGGCGAGGUCGCCAGCCAGUUCCCCCCCUUCUCGAACUCCAACGCCGCCACGGCCAACGGCACCACCUCUGCCCAACAACCACAGGGGGACCAGGAGGAGCCCGACGCCGAGUACCUGGAGGAGCUGAUCCUGCAGGUGAUGCUGGACGAGUUCGAGGUCAACGUCGACGACGACACCGCCUUCGACGUGGCCACCGAGAUCGUCCGGCUUCGCGGCCAGUGCGCGCGCGGCAACUUCGAGGAGGUCGACCGCCUGCUGGAGCGCUGGCAGUCCCGCAAGGGUGAGAAGGUCCACUUCAAGCAUGGCGAGGACCAGGACGGCGAGACGGACUGGGAGGAUGACGACGACGAUGAAGACAACGACGGGUCGGACGACGACAUGGACGAGGCUCCUCCACUAGUCGAGACUGCGGCGCCUAAGAAGGAGAAAGCGCCGCCCGAGAUCGACGACGACGGCUUCACCAAGGUCACCAGGAAGAGGUGA